CAUCGUCAACUGGCAAUGAUCAGACAAGUGGGACGGGGAAUCAAUGUCUGUCGUGUGACGGAGACGCGGACAGUAACUGUAACGAAGAGACACCUACCAGCUCCAUGGCUGGAGUCUCCUCUGUAGAUUCGUGCUCAUCAUGCGGGAUCAGGAAGCUAGAUAGUGGAGAGGGCACGGACCUGAUCUCAAUCCAACGUGUAUGCAACGAUGAAGCCUGCCCCUCUGCCCUCGCUAUGAAACUAGAUUUUCGGUGUCUUGAGGGCAGUGAGAACGUGAAUGACACUGCGCGCCUAUGCGAGUGGUGUUGCACUGGUGAUAAAUGUAACGACUAUAAUGAGAACAGUGGGAAUGCUCUCGUGGCGGGAGUAAUCCUCUCAGGGUGGCCGCCGAACACCAAAUUCAUCUACGUUACCGUGACUGUCAUCUCUUUGGUGAUGUCUUUCUCAACUGUGUGCAUGAGGGUGUAA